AUGUGCGUGAUUAGCACACCGUUGGUUCCCAAAUUCGCCAUCGGGCCGCCUGUCAUUUUACCCUUGCUGGGACGCGCUGUAUCUACUAUACAUGUACUGGUAACCAAGACUUUGGCAGCCGUUGCUUAUUUACCAUGUGCCCGUAAGAAAGAAAAACAGAGACCUCAACCAUCAAGCACUCUCUCUCCCUCUCUCUUUCCUGCUGGCAACCCGGCAAAUAGUGGUUUAAGGUUAAAUGUCGGCUCGUCUCAACAAGUCGUCAUGUUGACCUCUUGUGCUCACGCUGAGCCCGUCCGUUGUACCGUGUUUCUUGCUGCAUCGGCAUAUGAAAGCGACCACGGCUCACCAUGGUGGGGGGGUACCAUGUGCCCCUCUCGAUCCACAAUGUGGCCCUGCCACUGCGCGGUAGACGGGUAA